CACAACUCCAUUUGGCGCCAAAAAAAAACAGCUGUUUUUUUUUUAUAUGUCAGCAAUGAAUUACUUUCCCAACUAUUAUUCAAUUGAAGACAUAUUUGUCACCCAGGAGAAGGUCGAGUGCAAAGUUAACACACGCCUACAGCGUAUGGGCUUUCUGGAUGCCGGCGCUGAGACGGACGACUUGGAACCGGGACGAACCAUUAAUCUGCCAUUGUGGUACAUCAAGGAACUGAAAGUGAACAAUGCGUAUUUCACAGUGGCCGUGCCAGAUAUCUACAAGAAUGUUCAUAAGGCCGUCUGCGAGGCGGAGACCACGCACAUCGAACUGGGUCGACUGCAUCCAUAUUUCUAUGAGUUCGGACGCUAUUUGACGCCCUACGAUCGCAACCAUGUCAUAGGUCGCAUCAUAUUCGAGACACUGCGCCAACGUGUCCGCCAUCUGCUCGACAUAUCCAAGAACGACACGGACAGCAAGCCCGAUCAUCGGCUCGACAACAUUGAGUCCAAGCUGCACGAUGCGGGCGUGCGCACCAAUACCCUGUACAUCAAUUGGCUGCAAAUGAGCGGCAAUCAUUUGCGCAUCUCCGAGCUGGUCGAGGAGCAUCAAAAGAAACGCAAACGUGCCGAACGCAGCGACGACGAGGGCGCCGGCGACCCUGACACGCCCAGCAGCAAAAAGCGUAGCACUAUGUAAAGAAAGUCCAUUGGAUGCAGACAUCAAAAAAGGAAAAACAACUUUAUUUUAUGUUCACAUUAAGCGUAUUUUGUUAAAUAAUUGUUAUAAAACAGUUUAAGCAAAUCGUCGACAAAUUGUUACCACAUAUAUUCGGCGUGCCGAAGAUCGCAUAAUUUGACAGACUUGCCGCAUAAGAUAUAUAACAUAUAUAUAAAGGAUUAUUAUUAUAGCUUAACAUCUGAUUAUGUUCACAUAUCAUUUCUAUCAAAUUAAUUUACAUAAAAUCUUUACAAUUUGUCGCACGAAAAUAAACUGUUUUUGGCUUUUAAUAUAAUUUGAAAACAGCUUUUAUCAUGGAGAAGCAUACGUUUCAUUAACACAAUCAUAUUUUAUGGCUAAACUCGAGUAUACACACCUACACACACACACACACACACACACGCACACACACAUACUAUAUAAUGUAUAUAUCUAUAAUUAAAUGAAUAUGGUCUGUUUUUGAUUCCUUGCAA